GUAUCACACCACCAUUUCAGCCCUAUCUUCUUGUUCUAGCUCCAAUUUAGCCGAUCCAUAACCAAUGUCUUUUCUCUUAAAAAAUCCAAAUCCCAUCUUCAACAACAAAAAUGCUAGAUCCGAUCUCUGAUCUGCCACUGCCUCCGUCCUCCCCCACCAUCUCAUCUGUCUCCUCCUCCGAUCUCGAUACUGAGUCGACAGGUUCGUUUUUCCAUGAUAGAAGCACCACAUUGGGUACUUUAAUGGGAGUGAGUUUCCCAGCUGUUACUUUCCGAGCUCCUUCCCGACACCACCUCGAGACACAACCCGCGAACGCUGGUUCGGCUUCCUUAUCUAAACCCAAGAAGAGGAGAGCGCUGACGGCUGCGUUCGGCGCGGAGCGUUUAGUGAGGAGGCGGAGGAAGUGGUGGCAGAUAUGCAGGGACGUGGAUUCCACGGCUUCUCUCGGAGAGUUUCUAGAGGUGGAGAGAAGGUUCGGAGACGGGGCAUUUUACGGUGCGGAGGCGGCGGAGCUUGAGGGAGUGAUGGGGACAGCGCAUGACGAGCAGCAUCACGAGGCAAGGAAUGGACGGUCAUUGUUUGCCGAUGGGAGGGUGUUGCCUCCUGUUUCGGCAGCUAUUCCCCCGGCCGGUGAUGAUGAUGAUGAAGAUGAAAAGGCACCGACGGCGGGGGCUCUUUGUAGAUUCCCGGUGUCGCUCACGGGGAUAUGUAGCGGUGGCGUUGGAUGAAGCCUACACCUUUUGACUCCUCUGCUCACCGUACAUUUUUUUAUUACUCUCUCAAUGUAUAAUUUAUAAACUGAUCCAUCACUUGGUCCAUUUCACAAAUAAAUCCGAA